CACAGCAGAAGCUGAGCACUAAUAAACCCUGACAUUGUCAUGCUCAAUGAAUCCUAAGGGGCACUUGGAGUAUUUUUUUCUAAGAAUCGUUUGGACUUAUGGAUUAUAGACUGAUCAUCCUGGUGUUCACAGGAGCACUGGUUAGUGUUGCCUUUAGUCAGACUCGUCAGUACUACUUUGUGAGCACCUCAAAGACAUGGACAGAUGCACAGAGUCACUGCAGAAAUGUCUUCACUGACCUGGCGACCAUAGAAAACACAGCUGAUCUUUAUGCUGUCACAAGCAUUGCACCAAACACAGGGAAGGCAUGGAUAGGUCUCCAUGAUGACCUGCAGAACAGUUGGAGAUGGUCCCUAAAUGACAGCAGCUUCUAUGGUGUAGGAGAGGCAGCAUUUAGAAACUGGUACCCAGGUUCGCCCAACAAUCUUAAUGGACAGCAACAGUACUGUGUGGCACUUUUAAGUGGGAAUUCAUACAAUGGUGAAUGGGAUGAUCGCUAUUGUGGCAAUAACUACUCCUUUGUGUGCUAUAAUGGUACAAUAAAUGGUGAAGCAUCCUUUGUUAAGGUUGACAUUGCUGUAAAUUGGACUGAUGCUCAGAGUUUCUGCAGGAAUAAUUACGUUGAUCUAGCCAGUAUACGAAAUCAGACAGAAAAUCAAAAGAUCACGGUCACAGCAAAUGGAAGCUUUGUGUGGAUUGGUCUGUAUCGAGAAAAGGUGUGGUCUGAUGGGAGUGACUAUCUAUUUCAAUACUGGGCCAGUGGGCAACCAGACUCUGGAAAUGAGCAGUGUGUUGCUGCAGAUUUCAGUGACUCAGGACGAUGGUCGGAUGAAUUGUGCUCUAACAACUUUCCAUCCAUCUGUUUUACUACAAUGACGUUCAGACUAACAGGACAAACUGAGACCAGCAUCACUCUGCAGUGGAAUAAGAUCAGCAACAAUGUCAGCUUUGUUCUCCAGUUUAAUGUCUCAAUGCUGACAUCAAGUCCAAUCAUCUUCUAG